AGCGCUUUGAUACUUUAGAAACACCAGCCGCUAUGUUUCUAAAUAUGCUGACAAAGCGACCGACUGAUGGCGAGUGUCUCGCGCUGCACGCAAGCCGCAUGGUUACAGAACUAACGACGAAAUGGCGUGAAAUGGAGAAAGAAGAAAUUGCUGUGUCCGUGACUCUCGCAUUGCUGGCAAGCUUUGAUAACCGUUUGCAGCGUUUAAGUUUCACAUCAAAUGUUCGAACCAGAAGCGAUCUACAGUCCGAAUUAAAAGCGUUCACAUUUAAUAAAAGGAAAAGUGGCUUUGUGGAGCAUCAAUCUGAAGUUUAUUCAAAACGACAAAAGCAAUCUUUGAUCGAGUGUCAUUUUUGUGGAAAAUUAGGCCACAAAAUGUUUGAGUGCAAACUCAAGAAACAACAACAUCACCUUGCUAAUGACAAAGAGCGACAUGUCAGACACGAUGAACAUCGACGUGAAAAAUCAAAUGUAACUUGCUACAAGUGUGGAGACUGGGGACACAUAUCUACCCAAUGCACAAAGAAGGAAGCUGAUAGGAACAAGACAUUCAGCGUUGCAGUACCUAAGGGAUGCAUGAACCACAGAGGUCACAUUUUUGAAGUCACCUUUGAUUCCGGAGCUGAAUGCUCACUGAUAAAAGAAAAGCUAAGUGCUAAGUAAGUUUUCUGGUAAACGAUUAAAUAAUAUUGUUAUGUUAAAAGGCCUAGGCAGUAAUGGAAUAUGUAGUACUGUACAAGUUUUAAGUAACGUUAAGAUUAAUGUCAAUUUUAUUGAGAUUUUGUUUCAUGUAGUAGGCGAUGAUCACAUGCAAAACGAUAUCAUCAUUGGGCGUGAAAUACUUAAGCAGGGUUUUGAUAUUGUCAUUUCAUCCAACAAAUUUACAAUUUCAAGAGCCAAAAUAAUUAAUUUGUGUACCGGUUCUGAGCCAGCCGAUAUUUAUACCGAACUUGACGAAGAAAAUAAAAUAAAACUUAAUUCAUUGUUAGCAAAGUACUCAGAUUGUUUUACAAAAGGCAAUCCAUGUACUAAGGUUAAAGUUGGCGAAAUGAAAAUUAGAUUGUUGAUUGAUUGUUGAUCCAAGAAAAACAGUUCAAAGAAGGCCAUACCGAUUAAGUCCAUGCGAGCGAGAUUUAGUUCGAGAGAAAAUUGAGGAGCUGUUGAGGUGUAAUAUAAUUAGACCUAGCUGUUCACCUUAUGCAAGCCCUAUAUUGUUGGUAAAGAAG